ACAGGCCAAACAUUUGGUCACCGUCAAUUGUAUUGUAAUUUAAUAGCUCAUUGUAAACUGAAAAUGGGUUUGCGAGGCAUUGGCUUCCUCCUUCAGUGUUACCUGAUGUUGGCAGCAGCCAUGUAUUUUGAUCUCGGGGAGCAGGAGGAAAAAUGCAUCAUCGAGGAGAUUCCUGAAGACAUGCUGGUCAGCGGAUAUUUCUUGUUGGAGCCUUGGGAUAUGAAGGCGUUCUCCAACUCCCCUCACUUUGGUGUCACUGUGACAGUCAGAGACCCAAACCAUGAGGUUCUGAUGUCCAAACGCUAUGGUAAAUAUGGUAAAUUCACCUUCACAGCUCAUGCCUCUGGUCAGCACUACCUGUGCUUCCAAACCAACUCCACAAGGUUUGCUGUCUUUGCUGGAGAAAGACUGAAGCUACACUUGGAUGUCCAGAUGGGAGAGCACUCGAUUGACCCCAACACUGACAAGACCAAAGACAACAUGGAGACUCUGGAAAACAGCCUCAGACACCUCAUAGAUCAGAUGAUGUACAUCACCAGGCAGCAGGAGUACCAAAGGGAGAAAGAAGAGGUGUUUCGUCAGAUCAGUGAGGACACCAACAGUAAAGUGCUACGGUGGGCCAUGGUGCAGACCUCUAUUCUGCUGUCUGUUGGUUUCUGGCAGAUGAAACGACUCAAAGACUUCUUCAUCGCUAAGAAGCUGGUCUGAUGAAGAACAUGUCCUACCCAUACUUGUCCAAGUCAAAGUGUAUACUGUAGACUGCAUAUUGUACAACUACAAACACGUUUCUCAUUACAGCUUGUGAUAUAUUGGAUUCUUAAACUAUGCAUGGCUGAAAAAACCCACAAACACUUCUUUUAAAAUGUUGUUUUUUUGUAUAAUAUUGAAAAUGCUGCCAAAACAA